AUGACGUUGACACUUGCAUUGCGACUGAGUGCGGUUCUUCUUUCCAGGUCUGCGAGGGCGAUGGUUGACCCGGGGCUGUACAUGAACGAGACAGAGAAGCGGGAGUUGCGGCAGCUGCCCACCACAAUCUUCUCAGGUUCUGCUUGGACCGUGUUGUCACGGCCGUUCGUUGACUACUUGAUCCGGGGGUGUAAAAAUCUCCCGCGCAACCUCCUCGUCUCCUCCCCGGAGGCCUACUUCCACACCAUGGCCUGCAACACCGAGGAGUUCCGGAACACCACCGUGAACCACGACAUGCACUACAUCUCCUGGGGCGGCUCCCCUGCGCGUCAACCGGAACUCAUCAACUCCAGCCACUGGGACGGGAUGCUCGGCAGUGACGCCCCCUUCGCGUGCAAGUUUGGCCAGGACAACCCGGUGCUCGACCGAAUCGACGCAGAGCUCCUGUCACGGCAGCCCGGGAUGCUUGCCCCCGGCAGCUGGAGCAUCGGGGAUACCGGCGGCGAUGGCUCCUUCUGGAUCGUGAGGGACGCGACGCCCCUGCGUCCUGGCCCUGGAGCUGCGCGGCUGCAGCGGCUUGUCACACCGCUCCUGUCCGAGGACAACUUCCGGCCUAAACAGUGCAAGAUAGUCAAUCACAGCGCCUGA